GGGUAGACAGAAGCAGCUUCGCAGCUAAAACCAACGUGACAAGCUGGAGUCUUAACAACAGCACCCGAACCGAGAGCAGUAGUUACACAGCAACCUGAAUAUCGUCUAGACCCACGAACAUAAUACGGAGCCGAAGAGCUGCCAUUUUCCGACUGCUGCAUUAGGAUAACGAUUCAAUUCCCGAUUGAGAAUUUCGUGCCAGCCCGGCUCGACAGAAACGGACCCCAGCCGCAGUGGAUGUUGUUGCAUUGUUCACGUGAAAGCAGGGAAAUCGGUGGUUUGCUGCGGAACAGCGCGCAGUCGACUGGAACCGCACUUUGUCAGCAUGUCUUAUCAAGGGAAACGUCGUUACGCCGGAUACCGAUUUCGUUAGGAUCGUUGCAUCGCGUUGGAUUCAACAGCCCCGUAUUAAACUUGGCCUGUAGUGCAAACAGUGCCGUGAAAGCGUAGUUGUACUACAUCUGUGGGAUUUACGAUUCAAUUUGAUAAUUUUCUGUAUAUUACUAUUCGGAUAUUACCUCUUGUAAAUUAUUUUCUCGGCCAACUUAACCGCAGCUGUCGCUUUGUCUACACCAGAGGAGCGUGGAAUGGAUAUCACGAUACGAAAGUAAAUCUGGACCUGGGUUUGGGUUUCGCUGCCAGGUUUCCUGCACUCUCUGGCGGUCUAAACAAUCUACAGGCCCCUGCCCUAUCCCUCUUGCGGUCCCUUAUGCCCAAUGACGGCUGUCCCAGGGUCACUGCAGGAUGGAUGAACUGGAUUUGACAGUUUCUGUCUGUCACCGUCAGUGCUUGCUUAUCUGUGACUGUGUCUUGUUCUUUUACGUUUAUAAAAGAACACCUCCUCUCCUGGGCCUUGGCCCCAUACACUGUAAGAGUAAGUGUUAAUAAGGAAUACCCCAGAGAGGGGGCUCUCCAACUCUGUGGCUCACCUGAGCUUUUAUAUUUUCAUCGCAUUUUUGUGCCACAGUCAGGAGUUUGUUUGGAACAGGAAAUUUCCACGAAACGUUUACAUUUGAGUUUCUUCGUUGUAAUUUAUUUAUACUUUUCAGAGUAUUUUUGUUUUCGUUCUCGGAGACAUGUCGUCAAAAAAUCCCGACAAGGUGGUGACCUUCUUGGCCCCUCCACCACCAAAGAAUGUGAAUGGCUCCGGUUCGGACUCGCUUGUGAGUGAGAAACUAGACACGGAGGUCAGAAAGCGCCGCCACACAAUGGAUAAAGACCAGAAGACAGCCGAGCACAGAUUUUUUAGGCGCAGCGUCAUCUGUGACUCCAAUGCCACGGCACUCGACCUGCCGAGCAAGGCCUGCAUCCUCACCUCGCCCUCGGACCGCGAGCAGUUCGUUGUGCCUGCAGGCCUUUGUUCGACACCUGACGUAACCAGUGAUGCCCGGGUGGGUGUUUCAGGGGUUGUGGAGGAAGAGCAUGCAGAGGACAUGGGCAGUGGAGGAAGACGCGCUGGGGUUGAUGCGACAGUGGAGGUACAGAGCCCAUCUGUGCAGGAUGUGGAUGUGAGGAAGAUUGAGGUCCUUGGGACUGCAGAGACGGAGGUCUGCGAUGUUGGCGAACAAGAGCAGGAAAGCAGCGAGGCAGACAAACGUGAGGAAGAGGAGAAAGGGGUGGCAAAGGCUCGGGCUGAGGCUGAACAGAGGGAGGCUGAGAAAAAGGUCCAGGAUGACAUCGAAGAAGUGGAGACGAAAGCUGUAGGCACUUCGCCAGAUGGACGUUUUCUCAAAUUCGAUAUAGAGAUUGGACGUGGCUCCUUCAAAACGGUCUACAAUGGCUUGGAUACUGAAACGACAGUGGAAGUCGCAUGGUGUGAACUGCAGGAUCGAAAGCUGUCUAAAUCGGAACGGCAGAGGUUUAAAGAAGAGGCCGGCAUGUUGAAAGGGCUGCAGCACCCAAACAUCGUGCGUUUCUACGACUCGUGGGAGUCGCCUUCCAAAGGUCGCAAGUGCAUCGUGCUGGUGACAGAACUCAUGACAUCAGGAACGCUAAAAACGUAUCUCAAGCGCUUCAAGGUGAUGAAGAUAAAAGUAUUGCGGAGCUGGUGCCGACAGAUCUUAAAGGGCCUCCACUUCCUACACACCAGGGCGCCUCCCAUCAUCCACCGGGACCUUAAAUGUGACAACAUCUUCAUCACCGGCCCCACUGGAUCUGUUAAGAUUGGGGAUCUGGGCUUGGCCACCCUCAAGCGCUCUUCAUUUGCUAAAAGUGUCAUAGGUACCCCUGAGUUCAUGGCGCCUGAGAUGUACGAGGAAAAGUACGACGAAUCGGUGGACGUGUACGCCUUCGGGAUGUGCAUGUUGGAGAUGGCGACCUCUGAGUACCCUUACUCCGAGUGUCAGAACCCCGCUCAAAUCUAUCGCCGGGUCACCAGCGGAGUUAAGCCUGGCAGCUUUGACAAGGUAGCCAUUCCAGAGGUGAAAGAGAUCAUCGAGGGAUGUAUUCAGCAAAACAAAGAUGAAAGAUAUGCUAUCAAGGAUCUUUUGAACCAUGCCUUCUUCCAGGAGGAGACAGGAGUACGAGUUGAGCUGGCCGAGGAGGACGACGGUGAGGUGAUCGCCAUCAAGCUCUGGCUGCGCAUCGAAGACGUCAAGAAACUAAAAGGCAAAUACAAAGAAAACGAAGCCAUCGAGUUUUCCUUCGACCUCAGCAAGGAUGUUCCAGAAGAUGUGGCUCAGGAAAUGGUUGAGUCGGGCUACGUUUGUGAGGGCGACCACAAAACCAUGGCCAAGGCCAUCAGGGAUCGCGUGGCCCUGAUCAACCGCAAGCGAGAGCAACGACAGCAAGUACGAGCCGAACAAGAGAAACGCAAACGGGAGGAAGAGCAGAAGCAGAUUUCCAGCGAGUCUUUGAAGAACACACCAACCUCUCACGGUACUCAGAGUCAGUGCGGAACCCAGCCUCCCACUCCAGGUCUUAUUCAACCUGAUUGCGAGGAACUUGAGGCAGAACAGCAGCUUCAGUACUCACAAAGUGGAAUGGCCUCUGCUGAUGGGACGCUUGACAGUGGUCAGGGUUCAUCUGUGUUCUCAGACGCUUACCUGAGCCAGGUCAACAUGUCGUAUGGUUCUCCUGCAACGUCCCAACAACCCCAGGUGCCCGGACAGGGCCCCUUGCCCCCCGUCUCUCAGGCUCCCCAGCAGCACACCCCGUACCCCCAGCAACCCAUGCCGCAGUCAGUGAGUCAGCCCUACGGCGGAGGAGGCUCAGGUCUGGUUGAGCCCCCGCACUUUUUCCCCACCAUCCCAGAGCGGCCCGUGUCUUUCUCGCCUCCGCCGUCUUGCCCACCCAAAGGUUUCAACGUGCAGCGUCGCAAGAGCACCUCCAUCCUGGAGGCCCACACGCGACACUUCCAGCCCGCCUACCACCGUAGCUACGGCAGCAGCUUGCACCCGUUCUCCGGCAUGGAGGCCAUGGGUGCCGGCGUUGAUCCUUCUCUGUUCGUGAUGCAAGGAAUGGCGGCUCAAAGGCUGGCCGAGCCACUGCACCUGCCACCCCCUACAGAAUCCAUCUACGGAUACAAGGAUGUUAGAGCCGAGCAAGAGAAAGCCGUCCGGAGGUUGAGUCUUAAUCAGGCUGCGUUAAUGGAACACUUGGAAGCCAUGUCGUAUGGUGGCUACCCGAUGACGGCUCAUCAGUUGAGCCACAUCGCUUUCCAUCAGCAGAUGCAGGCGGCGGCUGCUGCCGCCAGCUUGGCCUACGAGGCUCCGCCUCAACCUGGGACAGCUUACCUGCACCCUCACGUGCAAAACCACAUGCGUUUGACCCAGAGCCCAGUCCCGCAACUGCCUCCCAUGAGCUUGUCAAGCUCUUUGUCUGUGGGACAGCCAACUGGGGCAGUUGGUGCUGGUGAUCCUGUCUAUCAACCUCACACGUUUCCUCAUUCAGCGCCGCCUGUGUUGGCACAUACUGCCGAACCCUUUGAAUUCCACAUGCACAACCUUCAGGCAGACCCCGCCAUGCUGGCCUCCAGACUCUACCGAGCCCGCCGCGGCUCCAUGGACCUUAACCUUGAGGAAGCGGCCAGCAGUGCGGGCGUGUGCGGUCGCUUGCAGCCCGUCACUGAAGAACUAUACAGCUACAUCAGCCCAGAACUCCCUCUUCCCCCUGGUAACCUGCUUCUACACGGCCCGAAAGAUCACAGCCCUGAGCCAUCAAGCGACUCAAUGACCUCCUCUGAUGCUGGUGAGUUCCACUCACCUCCCCCUCAUCCAUUGUACCAAGGUCAAGAGUCCUCCGGCGCUCAGUCUAUCCCUCAGACUUUGUAUUACAAAACGGAGGGAGGGAGCAACGUCAGCGACGGACACCCACCCAGUCAGCCGACGUUUCUGUACGUCCCAUCCUCCGAAUCGUCGGGUCUCCCGUCCUUGCACAUGAGUGCCUGGGGCCGGCAAACCACCCUUCAACCGAACCUCGCAUACCACGAGGCUGCCCUGUCUCAUCUGCAGGUGCAGGUUCCCAUUCCGCAGUCCACAACUUCCAUUUCUUUGGUUUCCUGCAGCACCCCAUCGGCCGUCCCCGCUCCUCAGCAGUAUGGAGGUUACUACGUCCAAGCGCUCCCUUCGCAGGUUCCUGUAUUGCAGCAGGUUUCUCUAGGACCAGCUUCCCAACCUGGUUUGUCUGUACCCCAGCAAGCUCCACAACAGUCUCCCAGCAACGUGGUUCAGACCGGCUCCCAGACGCAGGUGCAGACCGGGCCUCCACCCACACAGACUCCUCACUCCGUCGCUCAGACUUUGACAACAGAGCUGUCACAACUUCAAGCUCCUGCGGUGGAUAGUUAUCACUCUGACGUGGCAUCUGGGCUCAGUGAUGGUAAUGAGGGCGUAACGGGCGGCAGGCAUGAGGGUCGUUCGGCAAAACGGCACCAGCGCAGAUCAGUGCGCAGUCGUUCGCGCCACGACAAGACCUCUAAAGCCAAGCUCAACGUCCUUAAUAUCUCCAGCAUGGGCGACAGAGUUGCAGAAUGUCAGCUGGAAACACAUAACAGAAAAAUGGUGACGUUUAAGUUUGAUCUGGACGGAGAUAACCCAGAGGAAAUUGCACAGAUAAUGGUUCAGAGUGAAUUUAUUCUAGAAAGCGAGCGCGAGUCCUUCAUCGAGCAGAUCCGGGAGGUCAUAGAGACAGCAGAUGAGAAAGGUGUAGAGCGAGAACGCAGCCAGGCGGUCAAUGAUCAUGUGCAACAUCUGCCCACCACCUCUGCACCUCUUGAACAAGGCAUACCGCCUUGUUCAGCUGCCCUGGUGGUCCAUUCAGCAGGCCGCAGGUUUAUCGUAAGUCCAGUGCCCGAAUCCAGGCUAAAAGACCAGUUCUUCAGCUCACCCCAACCCGCCGUCCCCGUGGGUCAAGAGCCUUCAUCCUUGCCAGGUCUAGGGCUUUCAAUGUCUGCGUCCGUAGUCAGUUUGCAAAAGGCAUUUUCGGAGAUGCGUCAGGGCCAGUUUGACCCCGGUCCCAGCACUGCACCACCAAUACUCCACACCUCAAUGCCCCCUCUACUGCCCCCUGUAACACCCUUGCCCUCUGGCACCGCCCCGAUGGUCUCUCCCCCGCUAGCACAUGUGUCUGAAGUAACCUCUUCGGCAUCUCUACCCACUGUGUCAGCAAACCCUCCGGGGUCGACAUCACCACCUCCUACCCUUCAACAGACGCCAACCUCUGCCAUGACCUCCACACCCACCCAUUCACUGCCCAUGUCUCAGCCCCCUCAGCCUCCAAGUCAGCCAUCUAUACCUACCGGCAUCAGUGUUAUUACGUCUCCCUCAUCUCUGCCUGUGCAAGCUCUGCCCAGCACCAUGCCCGCCUCUACAUCGUUCCCCCAGACAACAGUUCUUGUGCCAGCGCCGGCCAGCAUGGUCGCAUCGCUCCCUCAACCAGUGGCUCCUGUGAAUGUUGUGGGUUCUGUUUCCGGCAGCAGUGCCGAACAGCCGUUCAUCCCCUCCACGACUGCUCAACUCACGCCAACUGUAGUUCCCACCACGGCUUUUGAAACACCCCAGCUCGCACCUUCCACCAUCCCCACCACGGUAAUUCCCUCCGCAGCCGCCCAGCCACAGGUACCCACCCUCCAACCCGUCACCACAAACAUACCGCUCACUCAGCCCACGCUGGUGCACAGCCAACCUCAAACCUCCACCGUGCCCAACCAGAGCCACAUUCAUUGCGUGGAUUGUGACAGCGACCCGCAGGGAAAGGGCGUUGAUGACAUUCAAGCUCUGGAUAAGAAACUACGCUCUCUCUUUAUGGACCUGGGGUCUGGUCCGCCAUCCGCCCAGUCCGAUAUGACCUCUGACCCCAUGGCGACCCCAAGCGUCCCUGGCACCUCCUCCCCAACCACAUGCGCCACCCCUAGUGGUACCCCCCUUCCUCCCUCUAGUUUACCCCUGAGCACCUCCGGUCAUCAAACAGGCUCCCCGAUGACCGCCAUGGGUAAUGGAUCCACCCCUGUCGGCUACAGUCAGACAACACCAUCUAAAGCUCCGUUGUCAAGGUUACCGGUGUUGCCUGCUGGCCUCGAUCAGGCUGGCUCGCCGCCAUCAGAGCACCUACCACCCUUCCCAGGACCUUGUUUAAUUCAGUCUCAGCAGCCCUUGGAGGAUCUGGACGCCCAGCUGAGACGGGCUCUGAGUCCAGAGACCGUCCCAAUCAGCAGCGCCAUGCAUCAGUGCUCCGUCACCGGGAUGCCAUUUGGAGGACAGCCAGUUCCGUUUUCCUUGGAUGGAGAGCCAGCGGCUGUACCCGCAACUGGAGGCUACAAACUGGGACGAUUCCAGGUGUCAGUAGCUCCUGAUGAGAGUUCCCCGCAGGCUCCCACCACCUCCCGCGACUCAUCUACCACAUCAUCAUCUUCCACCUCAUCGUCCUCCUCCACCCUCUCGAGCCCUGAGCACACGCUGCACCGGACCUCCUCUCCCCUCAGAAACGCUGCGGCAGACAGGAUCGACAGCCCCACCUCCGACCGGAACGCCAUCUCACCCCAGCCCACCGCCAUCGGACGUUUUCAAGUCACUACUAAGGCGGACACCAAAGUGGGUCGUUUCUCCGUGAGCGAGAUGUCUGCUCCUGAACGCCAACCGGGACCUCACUCCCAUCCAGCCUUAGGAAACGGUCCAGCCCAGAGUCCCGGCCCUCUCAACAACUCCAUCAGUCCCUACCUGAGCAGCGACAAUGACUCGGAGUUCGAAGACGAGGACUUUAAGAGAGAAGUCAGCAGGCUGAGGGAGAAGCACAUGAUUGAAAGCCAGGCCCUGUAUGUCCGACAGAAAGCCGAGAUCGACACCCUUUUUGCACGUUUGGGCAAAGCUCCGCCCGGCAUGAUCAACCCACCUGUUUUGUAUCCCGCCGGCCGUAGACGACGUCCUGCCAAGAGCAAGAGCAGCAAAUCCAGCCGCGGCAGCUUGCAGAGCAGCAAGAGUCCUGUACAGCCAGCAGCCAGCACUUUAUCAGCGCAGAGCGCUCCCUCUGUGUACCCGUCCCAGCAGGCGUUUCUGGCCCCUGGGGGGAUGAUAGAUGGGGGCAGCAGCCCUCUGCUCCAGUCCUUCAAACCCUCCCCCUCUAAUGAGAACCUGUGUUCCGCUUACACCAGCGACGGCACGCUCUCCGCGCCCAGUUUGUGCGUCACUUCGCAAGGCUGUAUAAAGUUUAGCUGUGGGUCGGAGAGAGUGACCUUCAAACCAGGUGGCAGGAGGACGCGUUUUCUGAGUACGCCCUGCUUGGCUCUUUGGAAGAUGGUGAAAAAAGUCUGCCCCUGCAACCAGCUCUGUAGGACGAGCAGCACCAAUACGGUGGCGGGAACUGGUCUGAAUCCAAACCAGCCGUCCGUCUCUCAGUCCCAGAGCUGCAAGGGGAUGUUCACAGACGAACUGCACAAGCUGGUGGACAACUGGGCCAGGGAUGCUAUGAACCUGUCCCAGGGCAAGAGAGUCACCAAACAUCAACAACAUUCGGCCCCUCAGGGCAACAGUCACGAUAUGGUCCCUCCUGCCAACAUGGGCCGUAAGUACUCCGCUCCGGGCCAGCUGUGCCCAAGCAUCGCUUCGACUCUGAGUGGUCACCCAUCCAUACCCAACACUCCUGCUACCUCUCUAGGGACCCGGAAAGGCUCCCUGUGCCCCACGCCGCAGUACGGUUACCCAUCCGCACCUUACAGCGCCCAGUGGGCCAGCUCUGCCCCGCACGCCCAGGGUGGCCUACUUGCCUCCUCGCAACCCCUGGGCCAGUUUCCACCGGUUCCCACCCCAAUACAGACCUUCCACAUCAGCACUUUGCAAAAGUCAGUCAGCCACCCUGGCGGACCCAACCUGAAGACCACAUAGUGCAGGGCCUUGCCGUGCUAGGCCGAAAGAUUUUGGUGGAGGGGACGGUCAGAGAAAGAGGCAGGGGGCUGAUAUGGGAUUUGGAAUGUGUGUGCUAUUGCAUUGCAGAUUUGUCUGAAAGCAUUGAGAGGUUUGAAGAGAAAGAAGAUGCCAAGAUGCACCUGCGGAAUCUUCUUGCACAUUUACAGAUAAUGUCCAACCAGACACAGGAGGGGACGAAUACGCAACGAAUGCAAUGUGAUGUGGCCAAAGACAGUUUUACAAUUGUUAUGGUUUAACAUCUUUCAAAGUGUGUAGCGACGUCAUCGUUCACCAUCCAGGCCCACACAUUUUACUCCAGAGUGAUUUGAAUCGACUGGUUUGCUGUCUCGCCUUUUAUCUCCUCACACUCGCUCAUCGUCAGCAAACGGAGGGCGGUUUGGAGACGGACAGACAAACCGCGUACCCCUGUUCCCCCUGCCCUCGACCCUCUGCUGCAAUGCCAUGAAAAAUGCAAUAAUUACAACGGUGGGGGAAAAAACUCUGUUUUAAAACACAAAAAGUGUCCUUCAUUCGAUAAAACGAAAAUCCGUGUACAAGAUCGUACUUUGUUUUUAAAUUGGGUUGUGAGGGUUAUGAUUCCAUUUGUUUUGUUUGGUUGGGUUGGUUUUCUUACCGUACGCCCUUCGAGCCGGCCUUGUGUAGCAAAUGUUAGAGAGAUUUCUGUUUUUCAGAUGUUCGGAGGCCUUUAAGCUGCCCCAGGGUUUGUGCUACAAAAUACUACGGCUUCCCAGCAUGCUUUGCAGCACAUUCACAUGCUUAAUAUCCUCUUCCACCUCUCUCAUCAGGCCACACCGUAAGGCGAGCUGUAAUGGUGUAUUAUAGUUUAGAUAAACAGAUCUGUUCCUUUUGGUGGGGGAGUCCGUCUGUCAAAACCCAUGGCCCCCUUUGCAGUGAAUUAGAGGUCAACAUUUUGCUGCGCCCAUUUAUGGUAAAUGGCAGAAGAUUGUGGUCACCAUUCACGCUGUCUUUAUUUGGGGUGGGUAGAUGUGACAUGUAGACCCAUUCACCGACAAAGCUCUGAUGGUACAGCUUUUUUUGAUCCUGGCAGCAUUUUGGGGGCCUGUUAUAAUAGUUGGCAACAGUCAAAUGAGAAGGUUGUGUUCUGUAUGGACCUGUAUUUACUCAUCAGUUUUUGAUGUUGAAACACUGUGAUUAUUAUAAAUGUUGUUGGACAACAUGCGUUUAAAUUAAAGGUAGAAAAAAAAACAUAAAAUUGUGAGGGUUAUGGAUAUUAGCGUUCAUGAGAUGUAAGGCUAGCUAUUUCAUUAUUUCACAACUUAUUGGAGACACUUUAACCUUUUUGUUUUUCCCCUUUGUAUUUUUUGUGUAUUCGAAAAAAUGUGAAUGUAAAAUGUAAAAAUGUACUUGAAGAAACGUUCUCUUUUUGCCCACGUCCGGUGAGCUUUCCGAAGAUUAUAGUGCCUUGCUUUUUUACUUUUCUUUGCUUUGGGGUUUGACGCCUGCGGAGAGUCUGAACGGUGCCGGUGUUUGGACCUCGCAGAGGGUGAGUGUUUGUACAUGACAGAAUAAAGAUAUCGGUUUGAGUGCCGUUUUAGCUCGGCUAUGACUGAAACCAUUUGACGGCACAGUUGUAGACAUUUGACAGUGUGCGAAAAGGAGUUUUGAAGCUGGGGCUGUUGUAUGUAAUGCACGCCGAUACCAAGAAACCUGCUGAGAUCAUCUGAAAAACCAGGUGGGGCUUCUUUUUUUUAAAGGCUGGGUGCCUGCGAAAGUGCUUAAAUGCCAUUUCGAUACUACGAGUUUAGAUGAUCUUAGCAUGCAUAAGUGUGCAUAUCACCAGCGCACCCUUCUAUAAAUGUGUCGCCAUGUUUACUUGAGAGCAUCAUGACCGGCUCUUGUGAUGGUGAGGAAGAUUGAGGUGCAAGGCAAAGAACGUUGGUACACGUGAGACGGUUUGUUGUAUGCGUUUAAAUAUAUCCUAUUAGCUUAACUUGCUUAGACACCAUCCGUGUGUUGAGAAGCACUUUGACUAGUUAACUCAGUUUGGACGUUGCUGUGACAGGACGUGAAGGAUGCAGAAAGGUGGAGAAAGUUAGCAAUCCUCACCAACACGACAUGGCCAAAACAGUGCUGGUUCAGACGAGCGCUUGCAGUUGUUACUUUGCUUCAGACUCGCUGCGUAGAUGAGUUUUCAUGCUACUGCAAUGGCCUUGUGGUUUAUGGCUUAGUAGUAGUUUCUUACGGGAUCUCUUUUGUGGCAGUCACGCAACAACUGGUCAAGUGCCGGUCGAAUCACUCUUGUAAAUGCUUUCAGUCCUAAUUCAUCAUUAACAAAUGUACAGAUUUUUAAAACCUUGUUUUCCAGGUUAAGACUGUAAUGGUUACAAAAUGUAGUGCAGUUGAACUUAGUGGAGACACUCGUCACCUUAACUACUGAAUGGACUUAGAUUACAAUUUGUUGCGUACGGCUUCGUGUACUGAGUGAAACGUCUGGUACAGAAAAACGUCACUAAUCAGCUGUACAG